CAAAGGAUAUAUGAUGGUCUAAACAUUGGAUCAACUGAUCUCCGUAAUGUGUACAAUAUUUUCAGGUUAAGCUUCAAUGAUCUUCCAGCUUAUCUCAAGAGUUGUCUCCUAUAUUGUAUUAUGUUUCCAGAAGGUUACACGAUCCGAAGAAACAAGCUCAUAAGGUUAUGGGUAGCAGAAGGUUUUGUUCAGAAACAAGGAAGCAACUCAUUGGAGGAGGUGGCAGAGGAAUAUCUUAAUGAACUUACUCAUAGAUGCAUGCUUCAGAUCCAUUUAAUAAGUUACCAUGGAAUAAUAUCACGAUACACCAUUCAUGAUCUUAUAAGAGACUUCCUUUUGACAAAAUCCAGGGAAGAUAAUUUUUGUGAGGUGUAUCGUGGCGGUGAGUUGAGUGGGGAUAUUCGGCGUCUUUCUAUAUCAAACAGUGCAAGUAAUCUAAGACUAGAAACUUCUCACCAUCUCAGAUCAAUUAUUGUGUUUGAUCCCAAAGCUUCAUUCAGUAACCUCACGCCGCAAAAUCAUUUCUCCAGCUUCAGGCUUUUGAAGGUCUUAGAUAUGAGUUUUGCUCCAAUAGAAAAAUUACCAAACGAAAUCUACCAACUGUUCAACCUUCAUUAUCUCGGCUUACGUGGCACUAAGAUUAAAAAAAUUUCCAAAUACUUGGGAAGGUUACAAAACCUACAGACUCUGGAUGUUUGGAAUACAAAUGUGGAGAAUCUGCCUUCAACAAUAGCAAAACUGAAACGUUUGAGGCACAUUUUAGCCGGGAAAUAUUUAAUAGUUUCGGAUAAUCAUCUCGAUAUUUAUCCAGUGACGGCUCCUAGAAAGAUCUGUGACAUUGCGUAUUUACAAACCGUCAAAUAUUUAGCCGCAAAUGAUGAAAUUGUUAAGAACAUUGGCAAUUUGGCUGAGUUGAGAUCGUUAAAGAUUGGACGGGUUAAAGAAUCUCAAAGUCAGGAAUUAUUUGUUGCUCUUUCUAAAAUGGAGAGACUUAAGAAAUUGGCAGUCUAUCAAUAUUCUAAGUCACACAUUUUCAAUCGGGAAGCCUUACCUUCCCUACCACCCUAUCUUCAGAAGCUCACCUUGCAGGGUAUAUUUGCAAAGGGUAAACUACCUCAGUGGUUUUCGGGACUUGUCCAGCUCCAGACUGUUCGCUUAUUCCGUUCUCGUCUUUCAGAAGAUUCGCUUCAAGUUCUUGGUCAAUUACCUAAUCUUUAUUUCUUGUGCCUCUAUGACGAUGCGUAUGUGGGGCAAAGGUUAUGCUUGCAAGAAUGCUGGUUUCCAAAACUUUCAGAAUUGCAACUACUUCAACUAAAUGAACUAAACUGCAUCGAAAUAAGAAGAGAUGCCAUGCCAGAGUUGUCUAUUCUAUGCUUAAAAGCAUGCGUAGAAUUAAAGAUUGUGCAAGGCAUGGAGAACCUCCCUUCACUGACAGAGAUGGUACUUGAUGAAAUGCCCAAUGAGUUUAUAAAGAGCUUGCAUAAUACACCAGAUAAUAUUAAAAUCAAAGUUGUCAAGAACUGGAUCGAAAGAGAUGGUAUCUGG